CAUAUGACACUGUCACUUUGAAAUUAAGAACACAACAACUUCAGACGUAAAAAUAUCUCAAAAUUCCCGUAGAUGACUUCACAUAACUUCAAUAUCUGAGCAUGGCUGCAUAUCAAAGACUUCCUUUCAGAAUUGUAGAGGAACUGAACGACCUAGCGAACAGAAUACGACUCCAUGUGGUCUCAGCAACCAGUAGAGCCAAAGGGGGCCAUCCUACAUCAUGUUCCUCAAUAGCAGAAAUAUUAGCAGUGUUAUUCUUUCAAAUCAUGAGAUACAAAGUGUCAAUCCUCAAAGAUCCUUGCAGCGACCGACUAGUUCUUUCCAAGGGACAUGCUGCUCCAGCCCUCUACGCAAUAUGGGCAGAAGUUGGUCUAUUUCCAACAACAGAACUGAUGAAUUUUCGUAAAUUUGGUUCACGUUUCGAAGGCCAUCCCACUCCAAAACUAGAUUUCAUCGAUGUGGCCACCGGAUCUCUCGGACAUGGACUUUCUUAUGCAGCAGGGAUGGCCUAUAUAGGUAAAUACCUGGAUAAAGCAGCAUUCAGGGUGUAUUGUAUAGUAGGGGAUGGUGAGACCGCUGAAGGAUGCUUCUGGGAGUCUGUUAAUUUCUGCAGCUACUACGAACUAGACAACCUCUGUCUUAUGGUUGAUGUCAACAGACUAGGUAGAUCGGAUCAAACAGCCUUCGGGUAUGAUUGUGAUGUCUACCGUAGGAGGUUCGACGCUUUUGGUUGGUAUCCUAUAGUGGUAGAUGGACACAAUGUAGACGAACUUUGCAAGAGUUUUCACAACGCUAGCCUAACCAAAGGAAAACCUACAGUCCUAAUCGCUAAAACAGUAAAAGGAAAACAUUUUCCAGAAAUAGAAAACGAAAACCAUUGGCAUGGAAAACACCUGGGUGAGAGAACAGACUCUGUAAUGAAAUCCUUGAAAAGAAUGAUCAGAAAUACGACAGUAAUGAAACUGAGUCAUCAAAAGCCCGUCAAAGACGCUGUACCUAAAGUUCAACUCACUGACAUCAAACUGGCUUCGGCGCCACUGUACAAAUUCGGGGAUAAGAUCAACACUAGGUCGGCUUUCGCAUCCGCAUUGGUCAAACUGGGCCAAAUGAAUCCUAGAAUUCUUGUGUUGGAUACAGACUGUCAGAACGUUUCAUACACCCAGGACUUCAAGAUAUUUGAUCCUUCAAGAUUCAUCCAAUGUUUUUCGGCAGAACAGAACAUGAUUGGUGUCGCUGUGGGUCUUGCUUCCAGAGGGCGCUCAAUCGUUUUCUGCGUUAGCUACGCCGCUGCUCUCACUAAGGCCUACGAUUGCAUUAGAAUGGCUGCUAUUUCUCGUAGUCACAUCAACAUAGCUGGAAUCCACGCAGGUGUCAGCGCUGGAGAAGAUGGACCCUGUGUGGCUGGUCUCGAAGAUUUGGCUCUCUUCAGGACAAUUCCGAAUUGUGUUAUAUUUUACCCCAGUGACGCUAUAGCUAUGGAGAAGGCUGUGGAAUUAGCAGCUAACUAUCACGGUCUAACCUACAUUAGGGUGACAAGACCAGCAGUACCAGUUAUUUACUCCUCAAGAACUUUAUUCGAGAUUGGAAAAGCGAACUUGGUCAGAGAGAACAUCAAAGAUAAAGUAUUAGUUAUAACAGCUGGAGUGACCUUACAAACUGUUAUUGAAGCUUACGAAGAUUUGUUGAAAAUUAACGUCUUCCUCAGAGUAAUGGAUCCUUUUACGGUGAAACCACUGGAUAAAGCCAGUAUCAUCAAGCAUGCGAAAGAGUGUAAUAAUAGAAUAUUGGUAGUUGAGGACCACUACUCUGAAGGAGGGUUGGGGGAAGCUGUUAAAUCUGCUGUUGCUGCAGAAGAAGAUAUUGCAGUCAAGCAUAUCUGCAUAAAUUCUAUUCCUGGUUCUGGUGCAAUGUGUGAUCUCUUGGAACAUUAUGGUUUCACUUGUGAAGGUAUCAAAAAUGGCAUCGGGGAUUUACUUUGUAUUUGUGAUCCAUGUUACUGAUAUUGUUUGAUAUUGAUUAAAAAUUUUGCAAUUGUAAAA